UAAUUUCGUUGACUAAAUAUUUUCGUCAUUAUUUUCGUCACGAAUAUAUUUUUGCUGACGAAAACGAAACGAAAACUAAAAUAGAAGGCACGGAUGGAGACUAAAACUAUGACUAAAUUGAUUGACAUUAUCGUCAACGAAUAAAGGACGAGACGAAAAUAGACUGUGACGAAAAUAAAAUCAGCAGACGGGAGAGAUGCGAUGAAUGAGCGAAAGAACCGGCAAAACAGAACAGACUGCAUGAGAGAAGAGAACCAAUCAGAGCCUGACUUAUUGAGACGUGAAGCGAAGGUUUUCAGUUUUUAUCAGCUCCCGGGAAGUCGGCAUUCGAAGAGGUGAUAGGGACUUUAAGCAACAGCCUCUGGUGGAACGGCAACUAUUGCGCCUGCGCGAAUUUAACUGCUACUUUGUGACGUUCUAAUUUAACGGUCUACUACGGGAGAACAGCUGAUUUGCCAGAGUCGCUACAACGUGAGAGGAAGAGUUUGUCUUCUGGACCAGUGGAGUUUGGACAUACUGACAUGCUUCACUGAGGCGGCAGCUGAUGCUCUUGUUUGAUGAUCGUAGUCACAUGUGGCGUCCAGCCGGUGGCAGUAACAUGCAGCAGUAACUGAUCGACUCAGCAGUGCAUUACAUUUGUCCAGCAGUAUGUUGAGGCAUUGGGGGUUUGCUGUGUUCCUGUUAACCGUCCCGAUCCCGGUCCAACCCAGACCCACUAAUGCUCUCAGCUACAGACAGCGGCGCUCAGUAGGACACGCACAGAUGAUGCAUGACAGGGGUCGAUCCCUGCAUGACCGGAAGAGGCGUACGUUUAUCCAGGAUCUGCUUGAGCAGGUGCACACGGCUCAGGUGUGGGACUCCCCCGGUCAGAGCCAGAGAAGUGUCCAGACCCCACCGCGGUCCAAACCCAUGGGCAGCUCCAAAAAUUUUCCCUUGAGCUUUCAAAUGGAGACUAUAGGGACGAGAGACGACCUGCCGCAGGAGACCAGCAAGACCCUGAGAUACCAGGAGCAGCCACUGAAGGCUGUGACCAAGAGGAAGAGGAAGAUGAGUUUGGGGAGAUGGAGGAGAGACAGGGGGGUGUGGCUUCCAUAUGCAAAUUAGAGACCCAUAAAAGAGGCUGGAUAAGAGUGAAGGCUCGAUUGGAAGCACAGCGACUGAAUCUGGACGAACAGAGAAGGCUUUGUGACAAGAUGAUUUGCUGCCUGAUACAGUUAGAGCUGAGACUUCAUCACUGCUAUUGGUGGAUGCACCUUUAAAAUGUAAAGUUCAAAAAGACCAUUUCACCGUGGCAUGGGAUAUGCAAAAAUAGUGACUAAGUCACGUUUUUUUUUUUUGUUCAAAAUAAACUUUCUAAUCAGUUCUCUAUUCUAGAGCUUCAUUUGAUGAGUAGAAAGCGCUUCACAUACAGACUAAGUGUAUUUGUUACAUUCAGAGUUCCCUGUAUUAAAUGUAGUCAUUCAGUAAGACAUUUCAUGAAAUAUUUAAUUUAUUUGAUUGGAAUAUUUAUUCCCUGAAUGUAUCUCAAUGCUGCUGAUUUUGACGAGAUUUGCGAAUGCACUUUAGAUAGUUAUGCUGGUCUACAUUCAGAUUUUUGCUAUUUUUAUAUUUAGAUUUUUUUUAUCCUGCUUUUCUUUACUUUUAGUUAAUGUUCUGCUAUUUUCAAAAACAUA